AUCAUGGGUGAAAUGAACGGCGAGGGAGAAAUCGAAGUGCUGGAAAAUGACAUACGUACAUUGCGAAAGCAGCUGCAGGAGAAGGUUCAGCAGUUGAAGACCUUGAAAAAGCAUUUUCAGAAAAAUUGCAUUACCAAGCUGAACAACGAUGAAAUUGCACGGUACAGCCGCCAGAUUAUACUGUCCGAGAUCGGUGUGGCGGGUCAACUGAAGCUAAAGAAGGCCUCGGUGCUGGUGGUUGGUGCUGGAGGGCUUGGAUGUCCCGCUGCCCUUUAUCUGGCCGGUGCCGGCAUAGGACGGAUUGGUGUGCUUGACUACGACGAGGUAGAGCUGACAAACCUUCACCGUCAGCUACUCCACACGGAGGCUACGGUUGGGCUAACGAAAGUGACCUCGGUGCAGUCGUACCUGCAGCAGCUGAACUCGCAGAUAGAAAUUCAAACUCACCACACGCAGCUAACGAGCGAUAAUGCGAUGUCCAUUCUCGAGCAGUACGAUGUGAUCCUGGAUGCAACGGACAAUGUGGCCACCCGCUACCUCCUGAACGAUGCGUGCGUAAUGCUUCACAAGCCACUUGUGUCGGGUAGCGCACUGCAGCUCGAAGGACAACUAACCGUGUACAACUACCGAGGUGGACCCUGUUACCGGUGCCUUUUCCCUACGCCGCCACCACCGGAAUCGGUUACAAACUGUGGCGAUGGAGGUGUGUUGGGCGCCAUAACCGGUGUGAUCGGUGCACUGCAAGCGCUGGAAACGAUCAAAAUUAUCCUGUCGAACGAGGGUGUACUAAGUGGUCGGUUGCUUCUGUUCGACGGUCAGCAGAGUGCAUUCCGCAAUUUAAAACUUCGACCCAAAAAGCCGACCUGUGCCGUUUGCUCGGAUACGCCCACCCUUACGAAGCUUAUCGAUUACGAGCAAUUCUGUCAGAUGAAAGCGACCGAUAAGGAUACCGCACUGACCGUGCUGGAACCGUGCGAACGGAUUACGGUGCGUGAGUAUUACGACGAAUGGCUUGCGGCAGGGCGAGACCAUUUGCUGGUGGAUGUACGGGGUGCAAAUCAGUUUGAAAUGUGUCAACUGCCUGGCGCACCGGUUAAUAUACCAAUUGACGACAUCCUUAGCAACAGGCGAACGGAGGAACUUCUCGCACGCGUACAGCAAACCGAGCAACCGGUGUACGUCGUUUGUCGCCGUGGUAACGAUUCGCAGCUAGCCGUGCGGCAUCUUGCACCGUUGUUUCGGGAUCGAAAGCUUCCAGCACCGCGUGACCUGAUCGGUGGGCUGCACGCCUGGACGAAAACGAUCGAUUCCGAUUUUCCCAUCUAUUGAGGGUGUUUUUUUGAUUAUUUUUUGUUUCUUCCUUUUCUCA